AUGGCGGCCUUCCGGCAGCAGAAGGCGCAGCGCCUGGCGCGGGCGGACGCCAGCAGGAAGGGAGCGCUGGACGAGGGCGCCGCCGCCGUCGUGCAGCUCCUCAACGGGCGGGCCCGGUUCUGCACCACCAGCUCCUGCUCGGGCCGCCUGGUCCUGGUGCAGGGCGGCGCGGCGGGUAUAAACAGCUGUGAGAUCCAGAAGAAAGACUGCACGUGGCUCAUGGUAACACAUGCAAUGUGUACCAAAGAUGACGUGAUGACCGCACUAGAGAAAGCCACUGGUGACGUUGUGCUCAAGUUUGAACCAUUUGUUCUUCAUGUGCUGUGUCAAGAGCUACAAGAUGCACAGCUUCUGCAGUCAGUGGCUAUCGAGUCUGGGUUCAGGAACUCUGGUAUUACAGUUGGCAGAGGAGGAAAAAUUGUGAUGGCUGUCCGGAGCACUCAUUGCUUAGAAGUUCCAUUGAGCCACAAGGGGAAAUUGAUGGUCUCUGAAGAAUAUAUUGAAUAUCUGAUACAGGUAGCUAAUCAAAAAAUGGAAGAAAACACAAGGAGGAUUGACAGAUUCUACAAACGCUUAGAGUUAGCUUUGAAAAUGGCCAUCAGUGCAAAUAACUCGCCUUCUGAGGAGACAGAGAAGAAUCGCUCUGUGUACAUUCACAGAAGAAAGAGAAAGACCAUUCUAGAACAAGAUGUACACACCUCUCCAAAGGAUCGCAAUGAAGAAUUGCAGCCCGAGGAUGAUACAGAAAGCAAUCUUGAUAUUUUUGCUGAAAUCGUGAUAUAGACUAAGGCAUUUGAAAGCAAAUGGUGAACUGAAUAAUAACUGUAAUGCUCUUUGUAAGAGAUAAAAAUACUGCUCUGUUCUAAGUA